GACUUCAUUCUGUCCCAGCAGAAAGAGCUGGAGGACUUGCUGACGCCGCUGGAGGAGUCUGUGAAGGAGCAGAGCGGGACGAUCUACUUGCAGCACGCGGAUGAGGAGCGGGAGAGGACCUACAAACUGGCAGAAAACAUAGAUGCUCAGUUGAAGCGUAUGGCACAAGAUCUGAAGGACAUCAUUGAGCACCUGAACACAUCAAGAGGCCCAGCAGACACAAGUGACCCGCUUCAGCAGAUCUGUAAAAUUUUGAAUGCACACAUGGAUUCAUUGCAGUGGAUUGACCAGAACUCAGCCGUGCUGCAGAGGAAGGGGGAAGAGGGGACCAAGGUCUGCGGGAGCCGCCGCAAGGAGCAGGAGCGCAGCUUUCGGAUCACGUUUGAUUGA